UGAAUUUAUUUAGUCAGUGUUCCAAAAUCAAGCGUGGAUGCUGCGCGCGCCGUUUGCUCCGAACGCGCCAAUGGGAGCUCGUUACAUAAUUUAAAAAUCGAACACUUAUCAUUACGUUCGAUUAUUUAGUUCCGCUCCGUUCGUUCUGUGAUCAGUGUCGUGUUAUUUUUAAUUUUACAAUUUAUUUUUGAAUGCCAUCGUAACCUGAACCAUGGACAAGCCAACGUUGCACAUGCUGUCCGUCCAUGAGAAGGGCGGACAGACGAAGAAAGCUCCGCAGUACAUUGCCGCUGUUGCAGCGGCCAUCGGCGCGGUGAUCGCCGGCACCAUCCUCGCCUGGACCUCCCCAGCGCUGCCACAGCUUCAACCCCCCAACCCCAACAGCACCAAGCUCCCUAACACCACCAUCAUCAAUGGCGUCGUCUACCCCGUGGUUGUAUCAGAACUGCCGUACAUCUACAUCAACAGAACGACUAAUGAGACUGUGAUGGUUAACUCCUUAUUCCAGCCUGUGGAUUUGCUGUUGGAAACGGCUCAGAGUUCCCUUGUAUCUUCCAUCCUGGCCAUCGGCGCUGCUAUCGCUGCGUUACCAGUAGGCGUGUUGGCUGAGAAGGUCGGGCGUCGGCCCACCAUCCUCAUUCUAUCUGUGCCAUUCUUACUGAACUGGUUGCUGACUAUUUUCGCUAAUGGUGCUGGAAUGCUGAUCGCUGCUAGGUUCUUCGCUGGACUUGCUACUGGUGGCAUUUGCGUGGCCGCGCCCAUGUACAUCGGUGAGAUCGCCGAGACAUCCAUCAGAGGCGCUCUUGGCGCCUUCUUCCAGCUCUUCUUGACUGUUGGCAUACUGUUCACCUUCGUCGUCGGCGGCUGGACGCAUUGGAGAACUCUGUCCAUCAUCUCUGCUGUGCUGCCUCCUUUACUUGUGGCUGUGUUUUGGUGGAUGCCAGAAACUCCUCAAUACCUGUUGAAGAAGAACAGGCGACGCGAUGCGGAGCGGGCGCUGCAGUGGCUACGAGGACCCAACGCCGAUCUGACUGUCGAGCUUGAGGAUAUGCAGAAAGACGUAGACCAAGCCUCCCGCCAACGCGCCGGCAUGCUGACCAUGGUGACCAACCGCACGUCGCGCAUGGCGCUCAUCUGCUCGCUCGGCCUCAUGUUCUUCCAGCAGUUCAGCGGCAUCAACGCCGUCAUCUUCUACACCAACCAGAUCUUCACCGCCGCCGGCUCCGACAUCGACCCCGUCAUCGCGACCAUCAUCGUUGGCGUCGUCCAAACUUUAGCCACUUACGUCAGCUCUUUGCUUGUUGAGAAGGCUGGUAGAAGGAUUUUACUCCUCCAAAGCUGCGUUAUCAUGGGACUUUGCUUGAUUAUUUUAGGUGUCUUCUUCAAGUUACAGCAGGAUAAAUAUGAUGUGACUGCUUUUGGAUGGAUCCCGCUGCUCUGUCUCGUUCUUUUUAUUGUUUCUUUCUCGUUAGGCUUCGGUCCGAUUCCUUGGAUGAUGAUGGCGGAAUUGUUUGCUGUGGAAUUCCGAGGCACCGCUUCUGGUAUUGCCGUCAUUUUCAACUGGUGUUUAGUGUUUAUUGUGACUCUCUGCUUCCCGAUUAUGAUGGAGAUCAUCGGCAUCUACAGUUGCUUCUGGUUCUUUGCAGCUUUCAUGGUGAUUUGUGUGUUCUUCGUUUUCUUCUUAAUUCCGGAGACUAAAGGGAAGACUGUGUCGCAGAUUCAAGCUAUUUUGGGCGGUAGGAAAUAAUUUUUAUAUAUUGUUGGCAGUAUUUAUAGACAUUUCGUGGUUUGAGGAAAAAAAGGUCGCAAAAUGCGUGGAAAGAUUUGGAAUUACUUAUUAAAUUAAAAUCAGUCAUUGAACAAUUUACUCUUAAUUUCGGAGUUUAUUUAUAUUAAUAAAAAAUGUGUUAGUUACAAAAUAUUUUAAGUAUGUAAUGGUCCUGCUGGUGAGAAAUAUAGAUUGGAAUUAAUUUAUUUAAAUUAGAUUUUAGAUACCAGACCGUUUGUAAAUUGAAUCAAAUCUGUGUACGUUAUACUCAUGAUUAUGAUUAUGUAGUUAUAGAUCACAUUUUCAAGUAGGUUACUAUGACAGCAAAACCAAAAAUGAAACAUUUCGAAAUGUGAACUUAUUGUUAGAUGAGUUGUUUUAAAAUGUUUAUGUAAGUAAGUAUAAGGGCAUACGAUCAAAAGAAGAUUAUUUAUAGUCAUACCAGGUAGUGUAUGAAUUUUCAUCAACCGCAAACUGGGAUUACUUUGAUUCGUGGGGUAACAUUGAUCAUUUAUUUUUAAACUAUAAGGAAUUCGUUUCUGAAUGCUUUCAUUAUCUAUAUCUGUUAAGUAUGCCAAACACAUCAUAAAAUAUAACAUUUAAAACUUUCGCGGUUUGAACACAUAUUAAAUCACAUUUAGAAACGGGUCUAUCGCGAAUUUAUUUUGUUACCUUUAUUUACCGACGUUUCGACACAGGUUUCACUGGUCGUGGUCGCGGCUAACUGACGUCCCAGCAAAAUGUCAAAACAAAGAUUUGUGUGACUACCCCACGAAAAUAAAUUCGCGAUAGACCCGUUUCUAAAUGUGACUUAAUACACAUCAUAAAAUGUUUAAGUUCGCGUUCAAAAAUCAACUCCCUAUUCCUCAAAAAUCGAUGAUCAAUGUUACCCCGCGAAUCAAAGUAACCCCAUUUUACGGUAUCUCUUCACUAAUCGUUAUACUACCAAUCACUAUUGGUAAAGCAGACUGCUAUAGAAUAUUAAAGGAAAUAUAAAAAGAUGCACUGCUUCGAUCGAGAUUCGAAGCCGCGACUUUUAGACCACCGACACAAAAUCCCCGCCCGCUGCGGAUCGAUUUAAAAAAAGAAAAAAAAUUAGUGCAGAUCCUAGUUGUUUGUAUUUAUUUACUUGUAACGCCACUAGCAUUUAUAUCAAAACCCUAUUUCACAGUCAAGUUUAUUAUCUCAUACUGGUAAUUCAGAAUUAAUUACUGAAUCGACAAGCAACUCUAGAUGAAAUAGAUAUUAACACUGAGUGGAUACAUACCUAUUCAACAAAACUUUACCAACAUCAAAAAAGGGUGAUGUGUCCUUAAGCCUCUUGAACGUGAGCUGCCGCUCCGUUGGGCGUUUGGAAAACAGUAGCCACUGAAACACAUAUUUAUUAUUUGGACACUUGCUGUCUCUAUUUAUUUGAUUCCUACUUAUAGGAGUCGUAAUUUUAUGUGGCAAAUAUGGCUGCUAUUUUAAGUGGCAAAUAACAUUUACCUAGGUGAAAUAGGGGCCAAACCAUCUUUUAGUAUAUACGAGUAUUUAGACGUGUUGUGAUACUCAGUUUACGGAUGAAUGAGGGUAGUUUAGAAGACUGGAAGAUUGGAUUUUAUAUUGUUGAGCAAUUGCAUGUGGUUAGGCUUAGGUUAGGUUACAGCACAAUGAACAACGUCUAAAGGUUAUAUUCGGAUUCAGACUGCACCAGCGUUAGUGCUGUAGUGUUGCGCAGCUUUGCACUACUGCAGGAUAUGUUAAAAGUUAAAAUCAAUGUGAUGCUUGGAAUAUAAGAAUAUUGACACUUCCUGUAGCGAUGCUGCACACCAAAACUGUAGCAGCGUUAAACCGGUACAGUUGAAAUUCGAAUGAAACCUUUACAUUUUACGUAUAAAACAAGAUCAAUUUUAUUAUAUGACCCAAUGUACUUAUUUUAGUUAUUUAUGAUGUGCCAAAUGUGUUGAGCUUUGUUUUAUUUAAGUGUGUGUAUAAUGUGUAAAAUAAUAUUGUAAUUAGAUUGAUGUUAAUUUUGUUAAUAAUACGUAAUAAAUUGCAAUUUUAUAUUAAAA